UCAGGUUACCCAAACCGGCAGCGAACCACCGGAGCUCAACUCACAAACCUAAGCCACCGCCCCUCCACCUCUCUAAUCUCUCUCAUCAUGUCGACGGCGGCUGCAUCCCGGCCCAGCGGCCCUGUGCUUCUGAGCCCCUUUCCCAACUACCAAUCCGCCUCGCUCUCCCGUGUCAAGCUCUCCGUCGCCGGCUCGCCGGUCAAGUCCGUCAGCGUCUCGUCUCCCCCCUCCUCCCCCGUGGGCGGCGCCCCCAAGAUCGGUCGGUCAUGCAUGUGUUCCCCAACAAACCACCCGGGCUCGUUCCGCUGCAGCCUCCACAAGGAGCGCAAGCAGGAGGCCCCCGCCGUCAGCAGCACCAGGCCCGCCUCCCCGCCUUCGCCGCCGUCGAAGCGCACGGCGAGCCCGUUCGCGCAGCUCUUCCCCGGCGGCAGCGGCUGCUCUAGACGCUCAUACAGCGGGCUGGCGCAGCGCGUUCCCAUGGGCAGCGGGCACUGGGCACGCAAGGCGCUCGUGCCGUCCCACGCGGUGCAGCAGCUGCAGCACCGGAAGCGAGUGGUGGAGCGGUUCCAUGCCGGGCCCAGCCGGCUCUCCGCCGCCUCCAUGGCCGGCCGCAGCAACCAGUAAAAAAACAACUUCGUCGACAUGCCAUAGCAGCAAGAUACGUACAUACUUACAUACUGCACAUACUGUACAUAGGAAAGAAGUUCCCCCAAUAAUUCCGAUCGCUGUAUAGAAGGAAGAUCGGUGGGGAUCAGGCCGGAAGGUUGGAGUUGUAAGACCCAAUUCGAUUCCUGGCUGGUCAAUUAGGCAGCCAGUAGAUACUGUACAUAUACAGUGAGCCUCUUCUUCCUCCCCGCUCCGCUGCACAUACAGUGAGCUCGUCGUCUCUGCUCCACUUGUACAUAGAACACGCAUACAUGCAUCUGAUCUGUUGACGGGAGGCUUAUCCAUCAUGGAUCAUGGAUGAUUUGCCGCAACAACUUUCUGCUUCUGUUUCUGUUUAUGUUUCUGGAAUGUG